CUGAAAUAACCAGGAAGUAAACAACCAUGGCGAGAAAGUCGUUGAAGUUAAACUGCGUAAAUAUGUUAUUAUCUAUGAUUAUAUACAGUGUUCUUGAAGAGUUAGCCAUCGCCUUACCGUCAUCAGGACACAGCGAAUCUAGGCAAGCGCGAAGUUCAGAGAAGCCAUCAACCGAUCAACAGGCAGUAAGACUUCAUCCUGGAGUGAUAGCAUCUGUUGUGUUCGUUGUAGUAGCUGCAGUCGUCGCUGCUGUCUUUAUCGUUAGGAAAUACUGCUGUACGCGGAGUAAUGCAACAUAUAGGUACUCAGUGCUGCGUCAUCAAGAAGAGCAAAAUGCAGCCACUGCAGCAGAGGAGGAUAGUGACUCAGAUGAGGAUCUUUUGGAAUGAAUCAGCGCACAAUGUAUUCCUCAAGUUUCUCUUUCCUUUUAAAACUGUGACAUUUUAGGGCCAUAAGCAUCACAUGGGAUCAGGCCAUUUACAAACCAAAGGAGCUAAUGAAAUAUUUAUCAUUGUUCCACCAUUUUUCAACACAGAUACAGUACGUCCACCAACCAGUUAAAUUUAGCUGGUUUAAUGGGGCGGAGGUCUUAAGUAUCUCAGCAUUUACACAUUUAGAGGACAUAGGAAGCGAAUUCUAAAAUAAGGAUUUAUAAACAAAUCUGGUUCUGUGUGUUGUUUUGAAGGAUGUUAUGAGUCACUGUAUAUAUAAGAUUUUCCUUCUUGAUUCCAAUAUUUUAAAAUAUUUCUUAAAUUUAUGGUUUAUAUGUGAAAUACCUUUUAAGGUGGUUAUAAAGUAAAUAUUUGUUUGCAGAAAUAUAAAGUUACUUGGAUGUAGUUUUACAACACUCCUUGAAGAAGGAAGUCUGCGUUUUUUCUUCUAUGCAAGAUACUUUGUACCAAAGUCUUUAAGCCUUUUGAAAUUGUUCUUCCUUUUUAUUUAUUGUGCGUGCGUGCGUGAGUGCGUUAGCACAUCUUUGCCUGCUGACCUUAUAGGAACAUCUCAGGGUUGUCCCACUGGAUAUUGUAUCAAGUGCCACUAAUACCAGAAGCACAAUCUGAAUAUUCCUUUGGUGCAGACUAGUCCUAUCAACUAUACACUGUACCAUCUGCUGAGUUUGCAUAUCCCUUGUGUCUCACUGAAAUACGUUUACUGAACUCUGUAGCAUAUGUAAUAAUCUGUUAAAGAGAGAAAGGUCAGUCGGCGUACAACUCUCAGUUUUACAUCUGGUGUUCACCAGUGGCUGUGUUUGACAGUGUUGACAAAGCAACCUUGCACCAGAGCCCUGUGCGUGUUUCUAUUGAAAUAAGUAUUUUUAAUAACAACUGAAAUCUAUCGCUAUUUUCGUAUGGAGUAACAAAGGAGCAUCACCUUCUUAACUGCAUGUGAACGUUGAACAAAAUGUUUGUUUUACUGAGCAGAAAUAAAAGACUAUGUGUUUAUAUUUCCUGUGUGCAGUGUUUUCUCAAGGAUUGUCAGUAGGGAUCAGCACAACACUGUAAAAUCAUACAGACAUGUCAUCUGUCUCCCUGACAGUCCUCAAAUAGAAACAUAAAGUUGGCUUAAACGUUGUUUAAGGUGCGCAAACAUUGAGCCAGAUCCUGUUCGGGGUGUUUUACAGAGCUUUUGUCCUGAUGGCUUUUAACAUCUCCUCACGUUAAUUCCAGCAGUUACAUUUUCAAUGAUUUUAAUGUCUUCCAGCAGACACUAAAGAAGAACCUAUUGCUGUAUCAAAGAUGAGAUCUCGAGGUAAACAAACAUCAGUUUCUUUGAAGUCUCUGUGUGUGUACAAAUGUGUUUCCAGUACUUCUGUAUUUCUUUCAGAUCUUCUCUAUGUUUUAACAACAAUGAUAAUCAUCUUAAUCUGGUGGUCAAUGCAAGAAGCUGCAAAACGGUCAUGUAAUGUACACGAUGGAGUUGAUGGUCGCUCAAUAGAGUCUUCAGAAACAGACUGUGAUAAUCGAGGUCUGUUUAAAUCUCAGUUUGGUUGCUGUCCACAUAAGGAAUGCUCCUUAGAUCAUUUCCCCUUUCACCUUCGCAGCGGAGCAGCCAACGUGGUCCCUCCAAAAAUCUGCUUUAACAACACUAUCAUCAUGGGUGGUGUAAGGGACAAUUCAGGACAAGGACUCAACAUUGUGACAAUAAACGGUCAAACCGGGAAGAUUUUAAGAAGUAAUUACUUUAAUUUGAAAUCUGUAGGUCCCGAGGAAUUGCUUGACUAUCUAAAGUUAAUAAAGCCAGGAAAUAUCAUUCUUGUGGCAUCACACAUCAACCCCGAGACAAAGUUGACUGAUGAGAUUAAAGAUAUAUUCGCUGGUUUAGGAAGCACUAUGAUCAGAUCCCUGAAGCCUAUGGAUAGCUGGGUAUUUGCAGGUACUUAUGGAAUGAAGAAAGCUAGUCCUUUUGAAAAGCUAAUUCAAAAUGAUUUGAAGAACAAUGCAUAUGGAGACUGGCCAGAGAUGGGGGAGAUCAUGGACUGCUUUCCCAAAGUCUAGAGAUCUACAAGAUAACUCAGUGAUCAC